AUGGAACAACACAACAGUCACGAUAUCUCGACACAUAUCAAGCAGAGAAUCGAGAUUGGAAUUGGCAUCCAGAAUGCACAAUGGCAAUUAUUGGAAGAGAAAGUAAGAGAAAUGUCGGAUGGCAUGUUUCUCUGGGUAGACUUGGUUGUUGACGACUUACUUCGAAGCUGGGAUGAAGGUAGAGGUCUCGAAUACCUUUUCAAGCGAGUUGAAAACACCCCACAAGCUCUCGAGACUCUAUUCUCUGAAAUGUUGUCAAAUUUGACACCCGAAGGGAAGAAAAUCGCUGUCAAACUAUUCCAAUGGGCUACCUUGUCCACAAAACCACUUCGUCUUCACGAGUGGCAUCACAUAAUGGGGUUUAUCAGGCAUCCCACGCCGAAGUCGCUUUCUGAAUGGCGAGCAUCAGAUUACUUUACAGCAACUGAUGAGCAGUUGGUGAAACAGAUCAAUUCUCUUUCUACGGGACUUAUCGAGGUGACAGGAGCGGUCGAGGUCCCGCCGCAUGACUCGGGCUCCGACGUAUUGUCAGUGGGUGUAGACGCAGGAUCUUUAACACUCGAUUACGGCGGUACUAGGAUCGUGCAAGUAAUACACGAGUCGGUGCGGGACUUCUUUUUGAGAGGCGAUGGGUUCUCGGUGCUAGACUCCAGUUUAUCGACCCAUCCUAUUGGUACUGGACACUUGUCUAUCAUGGCCACUUGUCUGGACUAUGUCAAUAUCGGUGAGCUCGAUGCUCUGGUAGCGGCACGACAACGAGUUACGGGUCAAGAAAAGAGCCCAAUGUCAUCAAACAAGUCGAACAGUGACUGCUCUCUGUCCGCUUGCUCUCUUGGAUGUGAUGAAUAUCCCCCACAAGGCACAGUCACUCUACCUCUACGUCGCAAGCGGACGCCAGAAGAAUAUAGAAGAUCAGGGCAAACCACAUCAGAUAUUCCAGAGUCAUACCCAUUCAUGGCUGUACAUCGAUGGCUGGAGGAGAGCAGGAAUUCGAAUGUUGAGUCGGAUUCACUGAUCAAAGUUCCACAGGCUGCAUACUCCGACGUCUCUGACACAUUUCCUUCUCAAAUCCUAGAGGACCAUCCUGCGCUUCUCUCCGGACAUUGA